AGGUGGUUACCCGUCCUCGUCAUCCACCUUUGUGGUACGAGAGCAGGCACGGGAUGGCAACUGCCUGUUCCGUUCGUUUUCGGAUCAGGUGUACGGGUGUCCCGACCACCAUGCACUUCUGAGGGACAGGUGCACCAAGUACAUUGCCAGCGAGCGGAACUACUUCGAGCAGUUCGUGGCAGAACCGUUUGAACAGUUUCUGGCUCGAAUUCAACGAGAAGGAGAGUGGGGUGACGAUGUGGAGAUAGAGGCUUUGUCAGAGAUCUACGACUGCCGAGUUGAGAUCUAUGCAGCCUAUGGUCACUCGCUCAUGCGAACCUUCCAUGAGGCUUGCGACUCCAAAUGGCCGCAGCCAAUCAGGCUGCUCUACGAGGGGCAAGCUCACUAUAAUUCCUUGGCUCCUCGCAGUGGCUUGCGGCCCAUCCUCCAGCUGCGGCCAGGGGAGAUGGAGGAUGCUGCAAUCAGUAGGUCAAGACGAAGGAAUGAAGCUGGGCUACGUCGACCUGGUGCCAAGGAGCAUGAUGCGCAGCUGACCGAGCAGGAGGUGCUCCAAGAAUCAGUGCGGCUUAGCCGCUUGGAAUUCGAGCACAAGUCGGAGGCACAGAUGGACAAGGCCUUGCAAGAUUCACGAAAUGAAUGGGAGAAGUCCGAGCGAAAGAGAAUGGAGGAAGACGUUGUGGAUGCCAUUCUGCAGCAAUCGGUCUUGGAGGAAGAACAGAAGCAGCUGACCUUGGCGAUGAAGGAAUCCAAGGAGGAGGUGAUUCAAAGCAGUCCAGACUUUGCAACGUUGUAUGGCAUGGUGACUUCAGAUGUGGUUCAGGGUGCGUCUUCUUCAUCUCACGAUGAAAAGAGGGACAGCCGUGACUUCCAAUAUCCAGAAAGCGUGUAUGCCGUCAUGUCGAUGGGCUUUCCAUUGGAGAAGUGCAUCCAGGCAUAUCACCUGGUGGGUGACAAUCCCGAGGGCAUCCUGCAGUUCUGUUGCCAGACUUUGGGCCGUUAGGUGCUGGCUCCGGUGUGAAAAGUCUCGGAGUGAAUGGAGAGCUCAGCACACCGUACAAGUGCGCUAUGUAUCAAUAGCCACAACGGGC